AUGAAGACAAGAUCUAACGACGCCAUUUUGACCUUCACUGAUAUUUGUUUGACCUUGAAAGAAAAGACUAUUCUAACAAACAUAAAUGGGAAAGCCAGAAGUGGGCAGAUCUUGGCCAUCAUGGGCCCAACAGGGUCAGGAAAAACUUCUCUUCUUAACAUUUUGGCGGGAAAUCUUACACUGACGUCAGGAACGAUAACUUACAAUGGGAACCCCUUCACGAAACUUCAACGGCGGAAACUGGCGUAUGUUCUACAGAGUGACAUAUUUCUUUCAAGACUCACGCUAAGGGAAACUCUCUAUUUUACCGCCAUGAUACGACUUCCUGAUCACGUGACAAAAGCAGAUAAGAUGGCGCGAAUCGAUGAAAUUGUAGAUGCACUUCACCUGCGCAAAUGUUUGGACACUGUGGAGCUGUUAACCACAAAUAACGAAGUCGUAAAUAAAAUUCUUGAAGCAUCAGAGAAAGCUAAGGUGAAGGUCGAAAAUGCAGAACUCGGUAAUGGCAAGGAGUCGACCAUUAAUGGUGAUGGCACAUCAAAAAUAGCACCAUCACUCACAAACGGACACGCUAAUGAACCAGCAUCUAAUGGUCAUGUCAUUCCUCUUUUAUACCACAAAACGGAUCCUACAGAGAUUGUGCUUAAUGUUUCAUCUCUUAAACACGUUUCAACAAGCAAUCUAGAACGUCCACUCAACACAAAGUGGGCAGCCUCAUUUUGGACACAAUUUCGCAUGUUGUCUUGGCGAAAUGCAAAACAAUCAAAAUGGAGGAUUUUUGACGAAUGUAACCUUAUUCACGCCCUGAUUGUUGGCAGUAUUUUUUGUGUUAUUUAUUAUCAGAUACCAAGUUCUAACGACACACUUCGAGACAGGAUGGGAGCGGUUUUCUUUCCUCUGGUAUAUUGGGGAUUCGCAAUGGUGACUGAUGCUGUUACCAGUUUUAUUGGAGAACGAGAGGUUGUGAGGAAAGAGAGAAGAGCAGGUGCCUACCGCCUGUCUGCCUAUUACACGGCUAAGAUGGUCAGUGAACUUCCAAUGAUGAUUGUGGUGCCUAUUGCCCAGCUUUCGGCCAUGUACUGGUUGGCAGGGAUUGGGGGACCGGUGCAGUUUGCCAUUUAUUUAGGAAUAAAUCUUCUGAAUUGUUUUACCACUCAGAGCAUAGGGUACAUCAUUGGAGCCUGUGUCCGCACAUUUAAGUACAGCAUUACAGCCGUCAACACUGUGAUGGUGGUAUUCCUUAUAUUAGGUGGAUUUUUUAACACGUCUUUCCCCACAUGGUUUACUUGGGCUAAGUAUACUUCAUUCCUGCACUAUCCCUUUGCUGCCAUUGUGACUGUUUUAUUCGGAGAUAUAGAACCAUUCAGGUGCGGAAACCCUCAAAUAUUCAAGAAGUGCCAAAAUGAAAAAGAGCUUAUCACAGGAAGUGACGUGUUACACAGUGUAGGAAUUGAUCUCCCUGUUUAUUGUUGUGUAGGAACGAUGGUGGUCUUGAUUAUUUUGUUACGUAUUCUUGGAUAUUAUGCCAUUAAAUACAGGUUGUAG